UUAGAAACAAUAAGCAAUGUAAGUCAAAAAGCCAAUUUAGAUGUCUUCUGAUUCUCCACUCCGAUAACAAUAUCAAUUCCAAUUCUGAUUUGGUUCGGAAAGAAGAGAAGUCAAGUCAUCUCUCAUCUUUUGUAAAUAUGGCAGGCGAUACAGAAACAAAGAAGAUCAUAAUUGAUACCGACCCUGGCAUCGAUGAUGCUAUGGCAAUAUUCCUUGCUUUACGAUCACCCGAGGUUGAAAUUAUUGGACUCACAACCAUCUAUGGAAAUGUUUACACCACUCUGGCAACUAGAAAUGCCUUGCACUUGUUGGAGGUUGCUGGGAGAGAAGAUAUACCCGUGGCAGAAGGAUCUCAUGUGACAUUAACUAAAGGAACAAAACUUCGCAUUGCAGAUUUUGUCCAUGGGACAGAUGGACUUGGCAACCAAAAUUUUCCUUCACCCAAGGGUAAGCCCCUUGAAGAAUCUGCUGCUGCUUUUUUGGUUCACCAAGCAAAAGUUAACCCUGGAAAAGUCACUGUAGUGGCAUUGGGCCCUCUUACAAAUAUUGCUUUGGCUAUACAGCUGGAUCCGGAAUUUGCUAAGAACAUUGGGCAGAUUGUUCUUCUUGGUGGGGCUUUUGCAGUAAAUGGCAAUGUGAAUCCAGCUGCUGAAGCCAAUAUAUUCGGUGAUCCAGAUGCUGCAGACGUUGUAUUCACAAGUGGAGCAGAUGUACUUGCAGUGGGGAUAAAUGUUACACACCAAGUUAUACUGACAGGUUCUGAUCGAGAAAAAUUGGCAAGUUCAAAUGGAAAAUUUGCUCAAUACUUGAACAAAAUCUUAGAUGUAUAUUUCUCUUACCAUCAGGAGGCAUACAAUACCAAAGGGGUUUACCUUCAUGACCCAACUGCACUUCUUGCAGCUGUUAAUCCUUCACUUAUAACGUGCAUAGAGGGUAUUGUCAGAGUCCAAACGUGUGGCAUUACAAGGGGACUCACAUUACUCUACAACAAACAAAAAAGGUUUGGUGAAAUCAAUGAAUGGUCCAAUAAGCCAUCCGUAAAGGUAGCUGUAACAGUUGACGCUCCUACAGUUGUCAAAUUGGUCAUGGAUCGUCUUAUGGACUCUUGAAAUAGCUAUGAAGCAUUCAAAUAACACUGCUAACUGCUAAGUAUUGUCCAUUUGUAUUUAAACAACACUAAAAAGGUGUUCUGAUUAUUCUUGUUAUAUUUUUGUUUUAAAGCUUUUGACCUCUACUUUGCAUUUUAUUUCAAUUUCAGUGAGAAAGGAAAAAUUGUGUUGCUUUCA